AUGCACUAUGUUCUGGAAGAUGUCCAAACAUCCAAUGAUACAGGCUUAUUUGAUGAUGUCAUGGAAGAUGACACAAGUCAACCUCCUAAUAUGUCUGUCAAUAUGGUACCUCCAAUUGGAUCAAGUGAGAACCAGAUGGACUUUGAAGAGACCUUGGAUGAUGUCAUGAGCCAGUCCACCACAAGUAAGAUUCUUAUUGACAAGAGGGAAAGGCCACACGUACUACAAGAAAAGCAAGUUGUUGACCAGGCAUCUGACAAGCAUUGCAUUAAAGAAGUCGACUAUUCAGAAACACUGUGCAAAACUGUGUACAGUCAAGAGGAGUGGAUCAACACUAUGAGGCAUGAGAUGGAGAUGCAAGACAAUACCAAAAAGUGGUGGGAGGCAGCUCUGAGAGAGCAGGAAGAGCAACUCAAAAAGGUCCGCAAAGAACUUGAGCAAGAAGCAGAGCUGGGUAAAGAACUGACCAGACAUGAGGAAGAGUUAAGGAGAAAGAAAGAUGAAGAGUGUCAAGAACAUGAGAAUGCUAUUUUCACUGAGAUGGAAAGGAGGCUACAGCACAAAGUUGAGAAGUUGAAAAUGGAGAAAGAGAGCAAACUUGCUAGGAUGGAACAACAGUUUGCCAGGUGUCAUGGGGUACAGGGCGAUGAUAUAGAAAUGAAUAGUAACCUCCCUCUGUGGAGGGACACAGGACAACCAUCUACACCAUCCGCAAAACUGUUGUUAGGCACCCCAUGCCUUGAUGCAAUUAAAAGGAUAAAGAGAAUGCACAGAGUAUUGCACAGGACUCAACUUGUAUCAGUAGUGGCAGAGGUGGACACUGAUGAAGUCCUUUGUGAACAAUCAUCCGAACAAGAUCUACUACCAAAGGAGCAGCACAAUCCAUCAUCUUGUGCUAGCAUCAGCAUGGAGGAAGCAGUCGCCAGAGGUGUGGAGGCUGCACUGAGGUGUGUUCUGGUCAACAAAGAAUCUCUGGGCAUCAAAAAGCACAGUCCCUGGAGGAGGAAGAUGGAGGAAGAAGAAGCCAAACAUCAUAUAGAAGCUCCCACACUUACAGUGAAGCAGGGAGAAGUGUGGCAUCUCUUCAAGGAUGUGUUCAACAUUUCUCAAGAUGCUGAUUUCAUAGCCCAUGAGACACCUAGUUGGGAGGAUAUAUAUUCAUAUUCAUAUGAAGAUGGCCAAGGUCCUGAUGUGAAAAACCUCACGUUUGAUCCCAAGAACAGGUCCCAAACUCCUUGA